CACGGCCAGAUUCAGACAAGUUUAUGAGCAUGCCCGAGUGUGCUAUCUAGAGUUCGACACUUCAUAACGACACAAGUCCCACGCAAGUAUAUGACCUCAAUCGCGGCCAGAUUCGGGCAACUACCUGAGUGUGCCCAGUGUUAUCUAUAGCCAAUAGAAAGCACCUGCUGCAGAACGCGCUGUGAUCAGCUGCCACGUGGACGACGGGCACAAGGAGAAUAUGUUGACGUCAGCAGAGUGGCGGAGGUGAUGUUAGAGGCCUGCAGCGCAUUGGGGCGGGAGAAAAAAGGAGAGGAGCUUCUUCUUUCGUCACGACACGUGUCUCUUGCUUCCAUCAGCCGCUCCAUAUUUCUUCCGGCUUUACUGUGGGCAAGCGACAUCACCAAAGAAGAUCAAAGUCGCAGCAAUGAGGGUCCAGCUCUGUUGAUGUCAACGGAAGAAGGUCGUUACAUCAUGUACGGGCAAGAUGAAGAUCUUGAUCCUGUGGUGCUCGUUUUGCACGAGCAGUUAGUCGAGAUUUUGCGCGAGCAGUUAGUCGAGAUGGGUUUUGCAAGGUCAACGGCUGAAUCGGCAAUCGCCGCCUGUGGUCCUAGUCUGACAUUGGAAGCGUGCGUUGAAGAGAUUUUUCGAAAGGAAGAGAAUCUUGCUGCAAAGGAAUCCCAGAACCUGCGAUCCAGCGAACCUGGUCCAUCGCGGGGAACGGAUUCAGGACCAAGGCAUCACCAGUUGCAGAGAAGACCAGGAUGUGUGCCUAUACUGGAGCGGGACCCCAAUGAAAGUGAUGGACUUCCCGAUGAAUCGAAAGCAGAGCCAGCUGGACAAUCAGCUCCUGGACAUGCACGUUCGUCGAAUCUUUUAGCAACAGGUGAUUGUCCAGCUGGCACUGCUCUCCGUUGUCCAGCUGGCACUGCUUUGAAUGAACCUGGACGUCCAUCAGCAGCAGCCAAUUGUCCAUCUAGCACUGCUUUCGAUGAACCUAGACAUCCAUCAUUUGCUGCUGAUAGAUGUCUAGGUUCAUCGAAAGCAGUGCUAGAUGGACAAUUGGCUGCUGCUGAUGGACGUCCAGGCUCAUUGAAAGCAGUGCCAGCUGGACAACGGAGAGCAGUGCUAGCUGGACAAUCAGUGGAUGCUAAUGGAUGGCCAGAUUCAUCAGUUCCAGUUGGACAAUCGAAAGCAGUGCCAGCUGGACAAUCAAAAGCUGCUGCUGAUAGACGGCCAGGUUCAUUGAAAGCUGUGCCAACUGUACAAUCAGCUGUGGCUGGUGGACGUCCAGGUUCAUCGAAAGCAGUGCCAAGGCAAUCGAAAGCAAGGCCAGCUGGACAAUCAGUCGCUGCUUCUCGGCGUCCAGGUUCGUUCAAAGCAGUGCCAGCUGGACAACUGGCUGCGGCUGAUGGACAUCCAGGUUCAUUGAAAGCAGUGCGAAGACAAUCGAAAGCAAUUCCAGCUGGACAAUCAGCUGCUGCUGCUGGGCGUCCAGGUUCAUUGAAAGCAGUGCCAGCUGCACAAUCGGCUGCGGCUGAUGGACGCCCAGGUUCAUCGAAAGCAGUACCGAGACAAUCGAAAGCAGUGCCAGCUGGACAAUCAGCUGCUGGUGGUGCUGGACUGGGGGAAGGAGAUGAGAGGAGCGGCCAUCAUGCUGAUGUGGAUGCGGGGCCACACAAGGAGACUGGAGCCAAAGGAGUACCAAGGUGUAGUGAUGGAAGACUAGCGUGGGAUUUCGACGAUUGUGGGUGUCUGCUAUCAACAGACGAUGAUAGUGGAAAUCAAUCUCCAAGGUCGGGUGAGAUGUUGUCGGAGGAACUCGAGUGCCAUCGCCAGAAAGGUGCUGAUUCCAAUGCUGAUAAGGUCUUCACAACGGACCGAAGUGAGAUCUGCCAAGCACGUUCCCACAAGGGAGUUGGAGGCAUUCAGAUGGACACCGGAGAUUCUUGCGCGUUGGGAAAUCUGCGUCGUCGAAACUUGAGGCCAAAGCGCAGAAGACCAAAAACUUCCUCCUUGAGCGCAACCGCUCCUCCUGAAGUUGCACUAUCAAUUGAUCCUGACCCUUCGAGAGGAAAACGACCAUGUCUGGUGAGUGAUGGUGAAGUUGAGGAUGACGACGGUGAUCUUGAUGAUGAUGAUGAUGAGGAGGAGGAGGAGGAGGAGGAGGAGGAGGAGAGCAAUGAGCUCGAUGAAAAGGAGGAGGAGGAUAGCGACGAGUUCGGUGAUAACAAGGAUAGCAAUGAGUUUGAUGAUGAUGAUGAUGAUACUUUUGCGAAGUGGGAAACAUGUCAUUUUUAUUUUGAAAAUGUGAGCAAGGCCCCAAAAGGCACCUGGGAGGAGAUUGCAACCUUCUUGCAUGAGCAUCCUUUCGAGAAAGUGAAUAGCAAUGCAUACUGUGCAGCACGUCGUGAACGAUGUUAUGUACAUAAUCUUCCGAUGGUGGGGCGUAUUGAGCACAAGAGCCCGUACAUGACAAUAAAGGCUAUCAUGGAGGCGCAGGGACCGGGAAUGAAGUUCUGGCCAGGAUGGGACACACGGCAACAGUUUCGCUGUUUGGGAACAAAGAAAUGUACCCUUAAGAAAGCUAAGCAGUUGAGUCGCGAUUUGCUCAGGGCAAACGACGAUAGUGGAUUGCAAGAUCUUCUUGCGAGAAACAACCUUGUCUGGAUGAGACCCAAAACUUUGAUCCCUUUGAGUCCCGAGCAAAUGGAGCUUGUAAUGGGGUAUCCGGCGCUACACACCGCGAGCAUGACACCCCUCAAACGGUAUGCAGCCCUCGGGAACGCUUUUCAAGUUCACACCGUUGCGACUCAUUUCUCGCCUCUCAAAGCCAAGUUUCCAGACGGAAUCCGGGUGUUGUCGCUGUUCGAUGGGAUUGGUGGGUGCGCCCUUGCGCUAGACAUGGCUGGUGUGUACAUUAAGGUAUACAUAGCAGUAGAGAUCGACGAGGAUUGUCGGGACAUUGUCCGAAACUGGUGGUCCGAACGCGAAUGGCCAGAGAAACAACUCAUUCAAGAUUGGAGUGAUGUAACGAAAUUUAAGCGAAAAGCCAUAGAAGAUAUCUUCAAGCGGUGUGGGGGCAUUGACCUUGUUGUGGGAGGAAGCCCAUGCGGAAACCUAACCGGGAGCAACCGACAGCCAAGCAAUUCGCCAAAUGGUCGUUGUGGUCUUCAGGGGUUGAAGUCCAAAUUGUUCUAUCAUUUCCAUCGCAUCCUUGAGCGCGUCUCAACUAUGCAUUACAGAAGGGCAUUGACAGACAGCAAAAAGCAGGUGACGCAGCUCCAAAGUGAGUUGAUGCGGCUCAAAGGUUCCGGCUCUCGCUCAACUGAAGUGGCGUAUGAAGUUCGAACGAUGCCAGGAGGGUCAAAGGACUUGCAUCGAUAGAUCGAUGUAACUGGAGGUAACCAUCCAUUUGAGCAAGUCCUAGUAUGGGAAUGACUAGUAUGUCAAGUC